AUGACAGAGAUUUUGGAUAUUGAUGGGAGCGUUUUAGAAGGAGGCGGCCAAAUUCUAAGAAAUUCCAUUUCAUUGAGUGCCAUUCUUGGCAUACCAGUGAGGGUAAAAAAUAUUCGUGCGGGUAGAAAAAAACCCGGCUUGGCAGCGCAACAUUUAAAAGGAAUUCAGCUAGUAGCAGAAAUGUGCCAGGCAAAAUUAAGUGGUGCUCAUAUUGGUUCUACCGAUAUUCAAUUUAUCCCAGGGAAGAUCAGAGGUGGCCAGUACCUAGCUCAUAUCCAGACAGCUGGAUCUGUAAGUCUUUUACUCCAAGUGGCCUUACCCUGUGCACUGAUGGCAGAUUCUCCUGUAAUCUUAGAUCUCAAGGGAGGGACCAAUGUAGACAUGGCGCCACAGAUAGAUUACAUGAAUGAAAUAUUUAGAGAAAACCUGAAACAUUUUGGUGCUAAAUAUUCCUGGAAGCUAAUAAAGAGAGGAUACUUUCCACGAGGAGGUGGACAUGUACAAGUGACUGUGAACCCAAUACCGUCCUUAAAAGGUGUUACCUUUCAUGAUAGGCUUUAUAGAGGCCCUCAUUUCGUCAAUAUAUGGAGCUUUGUAGCUGGGAAUUUGCCUGUUAAGAUAGCUUAUGAAAUGGCCAAUGGUGCUAAAGACAAAAUAGAUAUCAUAGAGCAUCCAGUUUAUACUAAUUGUAUAAAAGACCAGCAAUAUGUACAAAAUAACUGCAGCGGUAUUCUUUUAUGGAGUUAUUUGGGCACUGGUUGUGUAUUAGGUGCCGACGCUUUAUUUAAGGGCCCCAUUGAUCCCUUCGAAGCUGGACAAAAAAUUGGGGCAGAUUUUAUGAAUUUAAUUCAUUCAGGGGUCAGCCUUGAUUCACAUGCUCAGGACCAAAUGAUAUUAUAUAUGUGCCUGGCGGAUGGGAAAUCAAUUGUUCAUACAGGAGAGAUCACAUUACACACAAAGACAGCAAUACAUAUAGCCGAGACCAUUGCUAAGAUAAAAUUCACAAUACGACCGGAUGGAGACAAAAACUUUAUCGAAUGCACCGGAUUGGGAAUUUUCAACAAGAAUAUAUCUAUAAAUGAUUAA